CAGUUUAUUCACAGGGCUUUGUCCCUUCUAGGUCUGUGGGAGGAGUUGCUCUUAACUGUCUUUGUAGCACUGGUACCAGAAGCAUAAGAUGGGCUCAAUCAAUGCUAUUGAGUGAAUAAAAUGCCUUUUGCCUACUUCACAAUGCCACCUAGGGCACCCUUUGCCAGUGUCACCCAAGACAUAAUUUUGCCUACUUCACAAUGUCACUUUCAACUAGCCAUGCAGAGAAAUGGGGACACCACAGGGGAUCAGGGGGUAUCUAGUUUCAACCCUGCGUGAAUCACACUCCAGUGGUGGCUCCAACCAAAAAAGAGAAACAAACGAUCCAAAGUUUCUAGCAGCAGCAAAUAAUUUAGGUUAAAUCGCCUGGGGCACGGGGUGCUGAUCCCUGAGGAAUCCCAGAACGGCAAAGCAGGAGAAGCGCGUGUGGGCAGAGUAUGAGCUCUACCAUGACUCUGGAUGCCUCCUCCUCUGCUGGUAGCGUGGCCAUCUCGGAAGCAGAGACCAGUGGCACUGUGAACUGAUUCCUUCAAGCCCUGGGCCGCCAAACUGCCCGACUAGUCCUGAAAAAGCAGGGCGCAGCCUGCACGUUCCCCAGAAGUGCCGCUGAGGAACUUUCCCAGCCCUGCCCACAGGUUGCUGGAGGGUCAGACGAAAGGGAUCCGCCUUCCCCAGAUUGGGGCCCAGUAGGGCGAAGGUUGUUCUCAAAGCCACGUGAAGCUUUCCUCGCCCCUAAAAAGCCCCAAAUAGGCAGGGCUAAUGGGAGAGGAAAGUUAAGAACUCCCCAACUUCUAAGACGCAGCGCCCGCCUGCCAYCCCGAGAGCUGCUCUGGCAACAGCUGCCACCGCGCGCCCCAGCGGUGCCUAGACCAGCCGAGAGGAGGUCGCGGCCGCCAAGCCAUGUCCCGCCGAAGCCUCGGGCUGCGGGCGCUGCCACUGCCCCCGCCGCCGCUGCAGUUGCUGCCGCUGUUGCUGCUAUUGUCGCCUUUGGCUGCCGCGCGCCAACCAGAAGUCUACUAUGCAACUGCAUACUGGAUACCUUCUGAAAAGUCGAUAAAAGUCAAACACGUAAUGGACAAGAGUGGGGAUGCCUAUGGCUAUUACAAUGACUCCAUGGAAACCACAGGUUGGAGCAUCCUGGAGAUCAGAGCUGGGUAUGGCUCUCAGGCUCUGAGCAAUGAGAUCAUCAUGUUUGUGGCUGGCUUUUUGGAGGGCUACCUCACUGCCCCACACAUGAAUGACCACUUCAUAAAUCUCUACCCACAGCUGAUCAAGAAACCUUCCCUUGUGGAUAAAGUGAAGGAUUUUAUGGAAAAGCAAAAUCAGUGGACUCGGAAAAACAUCAAAGAAUUCAAGAAUGACUCAUUUUGGAGACAUACAGGCUAUAUUGUGGCACAAUUGGAUGGGCUAUAUGUAGGAGCAAUGAAGAGGGCUAUGGCAGAAGGAACAAAGCCCAUGACCAUGUUCCAGAUUCAGUUCCUAAAUGCUGUUGGAGAUCUACUGGAUCUGAUUCCCUCUUUUUCUCCCACAAAAAGCAACAACAUGAAGGUUUUCAAGAGAUGGGACAUGGGACAUUGUUCUGCUCUUAUCAAGGUUCUUCCUGGAUUUGAGAACAUCUUUUUUGCUCACUCAAGCUGGUACACUUACGCAGCCAUGCUCAGGAUAUAUAAACACUGGGACUUCAACAUCAAAGAUAAUGACACCAGCAGUAGUCGCCUCUCUUUCAGCAGUUACCCAGGGUUUUUGGAGUCCCUGGAUGACUUUUACAUUCUUAGCAGUGGUUUGGUAUUGCUGCAGACCACAAAUAGUGUAUAUAAUAAAACUCUACUGAAAGAGGUGAUUCCUGAGUCUCUCCUGGCCUGGCAACGGGUCCGUGUGGCAAAUAUGAUGGCAUCUGAUGGCAAGAUGUGGGCAGAUAUCUUUUCAAAAUACAACUCUGGCACCUAUAAUAAUCAGUACAUGGUCCUGGACCUGAAGAAGGUAAAGCUGAAUAACAGCCUUGGCAAAGGCACUCUGUAUGUUGUGGAGCAAAUUCCUACAUAUGUAGAAUAUUCUGAACAAACUAAUGUUCUACGGAAAGGAUAUUGGCCUUCCUACAACAUUCCUUUCCAUGAAAAAAUCUACAACUGGAGUGGCUACCAACUGCUAGUUCAGAAGCUGGGUUUGGACUAUUCUUAUGAUUUAGCUCCACGAGCCAAAAUCUUCCGGCGUGACCAAGGCAAAGUGACUGAUAUGGCAUCCAUGAAAUAUAUUCUGCGAUACAACAAUUAUAAGAAGGACCCUUAUAGUAAGGGUGAUCCCUGUAAUACCAUUUGCUGCCGUGAGGACCUGAACUCAGUUAACCCAAGUCCAGGAGGUUGCUAUGACACAAAGGUGUCAGAUAUAUACCUUGCAUCUCAGUACACAGCCUAUGCCAUUAGUGGUCCCACAGUACAAGGUGGCCUCCCUGUCUUUCGUUGGAACCGUUUCAACACAACUCUGCAUCAGGGCAUGCCUGAAGCCUAUAACUUUGAUUUUAUUACCAUGAAACCAGUUUUGAAAAUUGACAUAAAAUGAAGGUGGUACAUGAGGGAAUAGAACAUUGCAAACAAGAUACCAAAGGUUCUAUUUUAGCUGUUUUUCCCAUCAGAACUAUUCUUAAUAAAAUAUAUUAAAUUCAGUUUGUCAUUUUAA